UCUCUGCUCUGGAUCCUCUUCCUGUCCCCUCCUUCUGCUCAGGGUCCCGCUCUUGUCCCGUCUCUCUGCUCUGGAUCCCGCUCCUGUUCCCUCCCUCCGCUCGGGGCCCGUUCCUGUCCUUUCCCUAUGCCUUGGGUCCUGCUCCCGUCUCCUCCCUCUGCUCGGGGUCCCGCUUGUUCUCCUCUCUCUGCCUUCGGUCCCGCUCCCGUCCCCUCCCUCCGCUCGGGAUCUCGCUCCCGUCUCCUCUCUUUGCUGGGAGUCCCGCUCCCGUCCCCUCUCUCUGCUCUGAAUCUCGCUCCUGUCCUCUGCCGCUGCUCGGGGCCCCGCUCCCGUCCCUUUCCUCUGCUCACGGCCCCGCUGCCCCCCUGGGCCGUGGUUCUGGGUGGUUCCAAAACCCAGCCAGGUGCUCAAAGUCUGCUGAGGUAUUGAGAAUCUGCCGUGCGAGCUGCAGAGGAACUUCCAGCUGAUGCGGGAGCUGGAUCAGAGGACGGAAGACAAGAAAGCAGAGAUUGACAGCCUGGCAGCAGCAUACAUUGAGUCUGUGAAGAACAUGGUACCUGAGGAGAGGGUGGAGCACCUGAGGAAGAUCCAGAGUGCCUACAGCAAGUGCAAGGAGUACAGUGAUGACAAAGUACAGCUGGCCAUGCAGACCUAUGAGAUGGUGGAUAAGCACAUCCGCCGGCUGGAUGCGGACCUGGCGCGCUUUGAAGCUGAUCUCAAAGAUAAACUGGAAGGCAGCGACUUUGAAACCCCUGCAUCCAGGAGCCUGAAAAAGGGACGAAGUCAGAAAGACAAAAGAAGCUCCCGUGGUCGAGGCAGGAGAACAUCUGAAGAAGAUACACCAAAGAAAAAGAAGCUCAAAGGAGGCUCUGAGUUUGCUGAUACCAUCCUGUCAGUGCAUCCCUCAGAUGUCCUGGACAUGCCAGUGGAUCCCAACGAGCCCACCUACUGCCUGUGUCACCAGGUGUCCUAUGGAGAGAUGAUUGGCUGUGACAACCCAGAUUGCCCAAUCGAGUGGUUCCACUUUGCAUGUGUGGACCUGACCACCAAACCAAAAGGGAAAUGGUUUUGUCCUCGUUGUGUUCAGGAAAGAAAGAAAAAGAAGUAAGCAGUAGAGAGGGAUACACCGCCGAGGCAAGAAGAAUUUAAUAUAUUCCUACAUUCAUGUUGCAAUAUUACCUUUGAUUAUUUUUUGUUAGUCUAUCCUCCAUCUUUUUCUGGUAUGAUAUUUAAUUAUCCAGUGGCCAGUUGAAAUUCCUGUUCUUUCCUAAGACAGUGACUUUGGGAGGGAGUCCCAAAUCCCUUUGCCACGGAGAUUUUAUUUAUGUUAGUCUUGCACAAUAAUACUGAGGGAGGGUGUUGCCUUUUCUGGCUGUUUCCAUUUCCCUGAAGAUUCUUUAAGUACAUCACUGUGAAGAUGAAACCUGCAGUAUUCUUGGAGAGAGAAGGUCGGAUUUAUUCACCAAAUAAGAUGAAGGCCUGAAUUGUUGGCUGUGAUUGCCUGUGUGGCACAUGGGUAAAUCAGGUUUUAGGGAAAGGCUCCAUGAGGAUAUUUUUUGUUUGUUCCCAUGAUGGUGUGGCUCUGCUGUUGAAGAAGGCCAUCAGGAAUGUUCUAGCAGAACUUCUUGUCUUUUUUUAAUUGGCCACAUUAGCAUGUUCUUGACUUCUCUAGCUGCCUUUCAGAUGAUGAAUGUGAACCCUUGCAUUAGCACAGUGUCAGUGGCUGCAGCAGAAGAGAGGGAGGAACUCAGGAGCUGGACAGCAAAAAUCUGUCUUUUUCUUCCUCUGAGAUACAGAAGUUGAGGGAAGAGCAAACUCUUGCUUUUAUAUCUGUCUCCUGCAUCAUGAGGCUUCCCUGCCUUCAGUGAAAGAUGUAGUGGGGAAAGGUGUUCCAGGCUUCCUUCCUGCUGGUGAAAGGAGGAAAAAAAGCCCCAAACUCAAGGACUUUGCUGGCUCUGGUUCCCAGUGGGUGUUGGUGGCAGCUCUGUGCAGGGCUGUGUGCUGCUUCCCAUACCAGUGUGCAGGAGCUCUUGGUACAGACUGCUGGGAAGGCAUCGAGAAACUCCCAGAUAAACUUUUCUUCUGUUGAAAAAACAGUACAGAAGAUUAAAAACACUUCUGCUCAGAUUCUGGCACCUGUUUUCAAAAGAAAGGUGGCUUUUCCUGUUACACUGAGCCUCUUACUCUUGUUUUGCAAUGAAGGAAAGUAGAACACAGCUCCUGCCACCUCUCCUUCCCUCUGUGGGGCUUUCUGCCUGCUGCUGACAUAGAACAGACCUCUCAAUUGUGAGGCAGCUUUUCCAUGAAUAUUGAUUUAUGGCAGGAAAAAAGGGUGGAUUUUAGGAAGAAAUCCCUGUCUUCAGGGUGCUGUCAUUUCCAGUGUGAUGUUGCAGGUGUCUUUACUGCAUUGCAUCACAGAGAGAUGAAGUUCCCACAGUUGUGUGCAUGUAAAUGCACAUUUGUGAUACACAUUUGUCAUUGCUGCCUCAGAGCAGUACAUGGACAACAGCAGGCAGGGAAAUUAAAGCCAGAGUUCUGGAUGGAAGGAGGAGGAACAGCAGUCACAAAAACCUGGAGUUCAGUGAGCCCUCUUCUUCUUCCUGCCUCUUCUUGAGAGCAAAUUUGUGGUACCUCAUGAGCCAGCCUGUAAUCCAGUCCCUGAUGCUGUCCCAGGGUUUGUUUUCCCCUCCCACCCAAUGGUAUUGUAGGCAGCUUCUCUUCCUAAUUUUCCUAAGCUUUGUUGGUACUGGCAUUGCUGUGGAUUAAGCAUUUGAUAGGAAACAACCUCAGAAUUCCACUCUGGAGAUCUUGUUGGAAAUGUGCCAUGAGGGGAGAGCAGCUCUGGGUGAGCCAGUGUGGAGCUGACUUCCCUCAGCUCUAAAAUUCUGGUCAGGUAGGAUAAAAAAAACCACAUUUCUAAUAGUACUUUUGGGGCUUUGAAGAGCAUUUUCUUCUUGAACCAGCAAAGCAAAAAGGAAAACAAGCUCUGGAAGGUAGAUCCCUCGAAAGGAAGGAUAAUUUGCUAGGAAUGAUGAAUAGUGGGAGGUAAAACAUUCUGUUCUUUACAACACCUGUGAUGUGUAAAGCAUCUGAGAUCUGAUACCAGCAAUAAACUCUCCCAUUGGGAACAUGCCAGUUCAGGGCUUGGAUGGGCUCAGGAGCAUCUCCUGCCCUCUUACACCUGGUCGUAGAGAAUUUUUACGACUCCUUGUAGACAGAAAUACCAGCAGCCUUCAUUUUUGCUUACUAAAAGAUUUAAAUCUUCUGACUUUUGAAUGUACAGUGUUAAAAUAUUUCCUACAAAAGGGUGAUCCCUAAAGGAAUAUCCCACUAAACAUAACCCCAAAAAAAAAAAAACCCACACAAAGAGGGGGGGCCCAGCUUUACUGCAGCUCAUCCAAACUGGAGGUCCAUACCGACUUUCACCCAAUUCCCGAAAAAAAAAAAAAAUUAAGGAAUGUAAUGUUUAAAAGAAAAAAAAUGUAUAUCUGUAUUUUUGGAUCUUGGAGAUGUUGGAUUAUAUUAUAAAUAAAGUAUUUUUGGGAAUAAA